UCCAUUUGUAGUUCAUCGCCUCAUUCCUAUCUCGUGUUUCCUCUCUUCGCUCUCCACCACAGCAUUUCUUCCUCAAUAUUCAAAUCUCUUUUCAUUUUCGGUCUCGUUCUUGCUCCUGCGCUCGUUAAUUUUCCUGUUGUUAUAUGGCUUUGCGGCAAAACUUUGGAUUUGAAUCAGAUGGGGAUGUCUCAAAUAAGCAAAAAUGGAGUUCAGUAUCAUCACAGUCAGCCGCUGUUGUAGAAAACUUAAGCGGGUGUUUCGAUUGCAACAUAUGUUUAGAAUCAUCUCGUGAUCCUGUGGUCACUCUUUGUGGACACUUGUUUUGUUGGCCGUGCAUUUACAAAUGGCUUCAGGUUCAGAACUCCUCGUUCGAUUCAGACACCCGGCCUAAAUGCCCUGUUUGUAAGGCGUACAUCUCUGAGUCGUCACUUGUACCUCUCUAUGGCGGAGGGUCGUGCGAAUCUGAAGCCGCGAAACCUCAAAUGGACUUGGCCAUACCUCAGAGGCCACAGGCACCUGGUUCAAAUGCCUUGUUAUCUGCUACAACAUCGAGGAAUUCUCACUCGAAUCAGCACCGGUCGUUUCAUCAACAGCAGUACUUUUCCAACCACCCGUUUGGCAGCUACAUUUCAACCAUGCCUCCUCCUACAUUCGGAGCCUCCACAACGACGAGUUUCAGCAGCCCUACGAUUAACAUGGUUGGUGAAAUGGUGUUUGCUAGAAUGUUUGGGAGGUCAGAUACGAGCUUAUUAGCUUCUCCUUAUUCGAAUUCUUACCUUAUCCCAGGAAAUGGAAAUGGCAAUGGCCAUGGCAGUCCGAGGUUGAGAAGGCAAGAAAUGGAGUUGGAUAAGUCGCUUAACAGAGUUUCGAUCUUUCUGCUCUGCUGCCUCAUUUUGUGCCUUAUUCUGUUUUAGAUUCUCCCCUGUUUUGUACACCUCUGUAUAGAUUUCGACACCCUUCUAGCUUCAUAAUGUUCGUUUGUUUUAUACACAGCGCCGUUUGGUUGGGCUAUAUGAAGCUCUCUGUCUUGCUGUUUAUCAUCUUGGUUUAGCCGUGUGAUCUCGUCUAUCGAUCAGGUUGUUUUGCAACUGUUUUUUUUAAUUUUAUGUUUAUAUAAACUGAUAGGCUGCAUAUGCGUUGUUUUCGGGUUCUUUUUAGGUGUUUUCUGUAGGUGUAUGUAUCUUCUUUCUUGGCCAAAUCGAAAUGUUGUAUUGGAAGUUUUUACGUGUGAAAAUUGGUGUGCAUUUUAAGAAUGGUUGAUGUGUGGUUUGAGGUAUAUGCAGAGACAUUUU